AAUUUCAAGAGCUAAAAAGAGAAAUGCCAAAAAAAAUAAAUCACUUGAUGAUUCUGAUCUUAAACAAGCAUUUAUCAAAAUAAUUUCUAUCCAAAAAAUUAGUAAUUAUAUCACCAAUAUAAUUAAUGAUUUUAAUGAUCAUGCUGAACUUUCUCUUAUUUUCCGUGUUCAAUGCAAUAAGGCAACUAUUAAAGAUAUUGAUGCAGAUGUUAGAAUUAUGGCCAAAUUAAUUAUUGACAAAAUAGAAGAAGGCAAUAACUAUAAUUAG